AGUUUUCUGGGAAGUGUAGUUUCUUGGUCCUUACAAGUAGCGGGUGUCCCUUGGUUCCGAGGUGUAUCGGUCAACAGAGGACGACUGUGUGUGCUAAGGACACUUCGCCCGUGGUCCUAGCUGGCAGGCUCUGGGUCGACAUCCCCAGGUAGUUUAGUUUCUUACGAAGCCAAGACCGGUUUGCCCGCGGCGCGCCAAGAUCCCGCUGCCGCAGAGACUCUUGGGAAGUGUGGUCUUCCGGUGUCGGCGGUUCGUGGCACCCGGGAUUUUUGUCCGGCACGCGGAGGAUUCUGGGAAAUGUGGCUCGGUCGUGGACGCCAUACAAGGUACGCCCCGCGGUAGCCUCAAGUUUGGCGGCGGCUUCCAGACUCAGGAACGAUUCUGAGCAGUGUUGUUCCCGGAGGUCGACGGCCGUUGACUGCUCACCAGCGACGCUGCGAUUCAGGUCCGCAGAGGUGCGGGUUCGGGGCGCCUGCGGGGACGGUGAGGCCCCGCUGAGGACUCCGGCAAGUGUGGGUCCCGGGGGCGGCGGCGGGGCUCGGGUCCUGGGUCGGCCCGCGGUGUGACCCCGGCUGGGGUCUUGGCUUUUCCUGGCCUUCGUGUCCUGCUGUGUAAACACGGGGUGAUGACGGCCCCGACCUCUUGGCGCGGUUGUGAGAGCGAAGUGAGCGCGAGAGCAGACGCCAGCCACAGUUGUUUUGGGUUAUGUAGCCAUGAAGCCGGCGCUUUGCAGUUGUGUAACCUUGAACAAAUGGGUUCGGUAUCUUGGAAUUUCGGUUUUGUCAUCGUUUAAAGAAGAAAUUUGGAAUAAUGUGAAUGCCCAUCGCGCAUAGUGGUGAAGAUUGAACGAACUGAUAAAGUUAUUGCUGUUGUUUUAUGAGGCUUUUAUGUACAGAAUAAUUGAUUUUCCUCGCAAGUGGCACCUGGUAAAUUGUUACACCUUGCGGAGAAACACCUGUUUGUUCCCAGGGAGAGAUUAGCGCCCCGGAGAGUGAUUACCAAGGUGCUUUUCCAUUACGGGGUGUCACAGGUGCUGCAAGAUAAAAGCGUGAUUUUUCCUAACUGCUUUUUCCUGCCCUUCUGUGCCUUCAAGACACUGCCCAUUUCUAAGAUAAGAGCCUGGAAAGACGACUCUGCUGGCUGUUGGAAAUUGCAGAGCAAUGUCUCAAGUGACAUUUAGUGAUGUGGCUAUAGACUUCUCUCAUGAAGAGUGGGAAUGGCUAGAUUCUGCUCAGAGGGACUUAUACAAAGAUGUGAUGGUCCAGAAUUAUGAGAACCUGGCCUCUCUAGGUCUUUCCAUAACUAAGCCACAUGUGAUCACGCUAUUGGAGGAUGGAAAAGAGCCCUGGAUGGUGGAGGAAAAACUGUCCAAAGGUGUGACUCCAGAUUGGGAAUCAAGAUUGGGAAACAAGGAAUUAUCAUCAAAGAAAGAUGUUUAUGAGGAAGAUUCACUUCAGACAAUAAUAGAAAAAGUUGUAAAGCAAAGUUACGAAUUUUCAAAUUUUAGUAAGAACUUGGAAUACAUAGAGAAGCAGGAAGGGAAGCAUGGACGUCAGGUGGAGCAUUAUUUCAGACCAACUCUCACCUCUAGAGAAAGCUCCACUGGGGACAGUUGCACAUACAACACAUUGAGAAGCACCUUUCAUUCAAAGUCUACUCUUUCCGAACCACAAAAAAUUUCUGCUGAAGGGAAUUCACACAAAUAUAUAUUAAAGAAGAAUUUACCCAAAAAGUCAAUUAUAAAAAAUGGAAAGAAAUUUUUGAAUUCUAAUGAAAGUGGAGCAGCCUUUAACCAGAGCAGAUCUCUUACCCUUCCCCAGACUUGUGAUAGAGAGAAAAUCUAUAUCUGUAGCGAAUGUGGGAAAGCCUUUGGCAAACAGUCAGUCCUCAAUCGACACUGGAGAAUUCAUACAGGAGAGAAGCCCUAUGAAUGUCGUGAAUGUGGGAAGACUUAUAGCCAUGGCUCAUCCCUUACACGACAUCAGAUAAGCCAUAGUGGAGAGAAACCAUAUGAAUGUAUGAACUGUGGAAAGUCUUUUAGUCAUGUAUCUCAUCUCAUUGAACAUCUAAGAAUUCAUACCCAAGAAAAACGCUAUGAGUGUCGUAUAUGUGGAAAGGCUUUCAUUCAUAGGUCAUCUCUCCUUCACCAUCAGAAAAGCCAUACUGGAGAGAAACCCUAUGAAUGUAGUGAAUGUGGGAAAGCUUUCUGCUGUAGCUCACACCUUACUCAACAUCAAAAAAUUCACACUAUGAAGAAAAAAUAUGAAUGCAACAAAUGUCUGAAAGUCUUUAGUAGGCCCUCGUUUCUUGUUCAGCACCAGAGUAUUCAUACUGAUUUUGAAUGUCAGAAAUGCAGGAAAUCCUUUAACCAGCUUGAAUCACUGAACAUACAUUUGAGAAAUCACAUUAGAUUGAAACCUUAUGAAUGCAGUAUAUGUGGGAAAGCCUUCAGUCACAGGUCAUCCCUGCUUCAACAUCAGAGAAUUCAUACUGGAGAGAAACCUUACAAAUGUAUUAAGUGUGGGAAAACCUUUAGCUGCAGUUCAAACCUUACUGUCCAUCAGAGAAUUCAUACUGGAGAAAAGCCAUAUAAAUGUAGUGAGUGUGGGAAAGCUUUUAGCAAAGGCUCAAAUCUUACCGCCCAUCAAAGAAUACAUAAUGGAGAGAAACCCAGUAGUGUGGUAAGUGUGGAAAAGCCUCUAGGCCACAUGAAUCACUAUACGCGUGAGAAAUCUUACAGAAGAGAGGCUAUAUGUAGCAGUAUUUAUGAUAAACCUCAUUCGUAGAUUCUCAUUUAACAUCAGAAAUAUUUAUACUGGAGAAAUCUUACGAAUGUAGUGAAUAUGGGAAGACAGUUAUGCAGAUCAUUUUGUUUAUCAGAGUUUAUACUGUAGGGAAAUCAUAUGAAGACCAUAAAUGUGGGAAAGCGUUUGUCAGUAUUAAUCCUUAAUUGACAUAAGCAUACUCACACUAGGAGAAAACCAUGUACAUGUAGCAAAUAUGGGAAAGACUAGGCAACAGGAAUCUCUACAGACUCCUACAGGAGAGAAGCUGUGUGAAUGCAGAAAAUUUAGAAAUUGAGGGAAGUCUUCAGUUUCAAGAGCAUCCCUUAUUUUACAAAACACUCAAGCUGUAGAGAAAUCUCAUUUAAGAGAUGUAGCAAAGCGUUCACUAAGUGUUUAUCUUGCUAGACAUCAGAAGAUUAAUGAUAGAACAAUCUGAAGGAUUUAGAAAUUAUAUGUAAAUCUUUGCAGUGACACCAUUUGUAAACAGGAUUCUGCAGUAGAACAAAUAAAGAUAGUAUAAUAAUAAUUAUUAUUAUUAUUAUUUGAGACAGAGUUUCGCUCAUUACCCAGGCUGGAGUGCAAUGGCGUGAUCUCAGCUCACCACAACCUCUGCCUCCUGGGUUCAAGCAAUUCUUCUGUCUCAGCCUCCCAAGUAGCUGAGAUUACAGGCACGCGCCACCAUGCCCAGCUAAUUUUUUGUAUUUUUAGUAGAGACGGGGUUUCACCUUGUUGACCAGGAUGGUCUCGAUCUCUUGACCUCGUGAUCCGCCUGCCUCAGCCUCCCAAAGUUCUGGGAUUAUAGGCAUGAGCCACCGUGCCCAGCCAUUUUUUGUAUUUUUAUAGAGACAGGGUUUCACCACGUUGACCAGGAUGGUCUCAAUCUCUUGACCUCGUGAUCCACCCGCCUCGGCCUCCCACAGUGCUGGGAUUACAGGCGUGAGCCACCGGGCCCAGCGAAGGUAGUGUAAUUAGUGUGCAUUUCUUAGAGCAGCAGCUUGCAGCUUUGUUGAGUUUUACUUAGAGAUUCUUUUUAGCUAGUGGCCAUUUUAAGACAUUUAGUCACCCAGAGGAGCCAGUAAGUGUUAUAAUGUUAAACAUUAAAGCUGCAGGCUGGGCGUGGUGGCUCACACCUGUAAUCCCAGCACUGUGGGAGGCGGAGGCAGGCGGAUCAUGAGGUCAAAAGAUUGAGACCACCCUGGCCAACAUGUUGAAACCCCGUCUCUACUAAAAAAUACAAAAAUUAGCUGGCGUGGUAGCCUGUGCCUGUAGUCCCAGCUACUUGGGAGGCCGAGGCAGGAGCAUUGCUUGAACCUGGGAGGCAGAGGUUGCAGUGAACUGAGAUCAUGCCACUGCACUCCAGUCUGGUGACAGAGUAAGACUUUGUCUCAGGAAAAAAAAAAAAUCAAAAAAUUAGCCAGGCCUGGUGGCUCGCACCUGUAGUACAAACUUCUCAGGUGGCUGAGGCAGGAGGAUUGCUUGAGCUGAGGAGGUUGAGGCUGCAGUGAACCGAGAUCAUGCCACUGCAGUCCAGCCGGGGCGGCAGAGAGAGACUCUGUCUCGAAAAAAAAGAAUAUACAAAGAACUCCUACAAAUCAACCAGAGAUGGAAAAAAGAAAGAACAUACAGUAAUAAACGGGAAGAAAGACUUCUCACACUUCACUCAGUGACCAGUAGACAUAUGAAGAGGCCUCAACCUCAUUACACCAGAAAAUGCAAAUGGAAACCACAGUGAGAUGCCCCUGACACCACCUACAGAUGGUUCACACGACUCGGACAGUACCAGCUGGUGGCGAUGUAGAGCAGCAGGAAAUACUACAGUGUGGCUGGGGAUGUGCACUGCACAACUGCUUUAAAGGUUUCCUGUUUCCUCGGACAGCCAAGAAUAUGAAUGCUGUAUCACCUAAAAUUCCACACACAGGCACAAACCUGUUCAAUAACAAAUGUUCAUUUAA